CUUCCAGAGAGAUAUCUAAUUGGAUUCCAUCAUUUCAGAGCUAUGAAGACUUCAAGUGUAAGACACUACAAUCAUUAGAUGGCUUUAUGAUAAUACUGAGCGCAGAUGGAGUGAUAGUUUUUGUCGCUGGAAACAUCACGUCCCUUCUUGGCCAUUUACCAGAUGAAGUUAUGGGUAAAAAUUUAUUAAGUCUUCUGCCUGAUCACGAGAAAAGAAAAGUCUACCAAAAGAUUGCUUUCAAACAGUCUUUGUCAAGCUCAGUGGGAAAACAUAUUGAUUUUUGCUGUCACAUAAAGAGAGGAAAUGAUAAACAUGAUGGUAACCCUGCUUAUGAAUAUGUGAAGUUCAUUCUGACUUUAAAAGAUAUUUCAAUUGAGCCUUUGGUGCUCUUCAGUAGCUUCUUCCCCAGCCCUUCUUUUGCUGCAUCGUGUGAUACGUAUCUUCCUCUGGAGGAUCAGUUUUAUCUGGUUGGGUCCAUUUGUAUCCUCAAGACUCAGACUCUACAGGACCUUUUCACUAUAGAGAACGCUGGGGAAGAUAUUCAGCUGACAAAAGACUCAGAUGGCGAACAUCUAUCUACAGAGUGCAGAAGUGUUCAAGGCCAAAUAAGAAGUUCUAGAAUGGAAUCACUGUUUGCUGAACCUGCUGCAACUGCCUCAGAUGACCAAGUUGAUCCUGUAACAGUUGACUGGUAUGGACCACAAGAAUAUGUUCCCGAAAGUGACAUAGUGUCUACUACAUGUUCUGACUCCAGCACGUCUUCCAUGGAAAGCAUACUUGAAUUACCAGCUACAUCUUCUUUGCAGAGCUUUGAAUUCGAACCUGAGGUGGAACAGGUGGAUGAUAUGGGUGAGGUUCAACAGGUGGAUGAGUUGGAAGAGGUGGAACAAGUAGACGAAGAAGAAGAGGUGGAGCGAGUGGAGGAGGUGGUGGAGGAGGAAGAGUUGGAGCAGGUGUAUGAGGUGGAGGAAGAGUACCAGCUGGAGCAGGAGGAGCAGGAGGAUCAGUUGAACCACGUGGAGCAAGAGGACCAGCUUGGCCAGGUGGAGCAGGAGGCCCUUUCAUCCUCCAAUGUGACUUCAGGCAUCAAUGAUGAGUUAUUACAACCACCACUGUCAAUUGCACUGUACAUCAACAAACGGGAGCUGCAGCUGAUGAGGAAGUUUAGGGAGCAGCUGGAAGAGAAGACUCAGAUGAUGCAGGCUGACAUAAAAAACCUGCAAGACACACUUGAAAUGAUGAAAGAGCAGCUUUGGAGAAUACAGGAUUCCAGCUUUCAGCCAACCAAGGCACAGCACAUUGACUGUCCUGAGCCUCAGUCUUUGGAUCCAGUCCCCAAGAAACGACGCACUGAGAGAAUGGAGGGGCCCCUUCCUGAUUUCAAGGAGACCAACCUUUCCUGUGGUUCACGUUCAUCCCACUAUUUCAAAUUCCCUGAGGAGCUUGAGGAGCCUUGCGAUGCCUCCAAUCAGGGACAGGAACAGCACAUGCAGCAGCAGAUACUUUGGGACCAGCAGAUGCAGGAGCAGCCACAACAACAUAAUGCCAUUGUGAGAAACCAGAUGCUGCAAAGAAGCCUGCCAAACCAGGCUGGAAUGGCUGUGCCCUUCCAAAAUGACCCUACUACAUUUAUGAAGAACCAGCCUAUUGUUGCUUCUGUCCAGUUAAUAGCUGGACAGCAGCCCUCUGACUGCUAUCAAGAAGAAAACCUUGGAGACCAUGAAGAUGACAGAGGUGCCAGCUACCGACGUAGGAAUCCAGCGGUCUCCAGAUUCAGAGGCUUUCCAGGACUCUGAUGAAUUAACACCAGGCCAAAUCAACGAUUUCAUGUCUCCAGAACAGUCCAGCUUGGAUGAACAUCAGCAAGACUUUUAUACUGAACCUUGAGACAGACCAAUAAGGUCUGCAGGGCCACGGGAAACUCCAAGGCUUACAGAGCCCCCUGGAGUAGGGGUUGGGAAAUGGGGAGGGUACAUUCUUUUCCUUCUUGAUUAGUUUUGUUUGGGAUUUUUGAGCACAACCUGUUUCUUGGAAGUUGUGUUGCAGUGACAGCCUGUGAUUUCUAGUUUGCUAAUAUGUGACAGCAGCCAAUCCAACGCAGGAGGCCACUUUCCCCACCUGCCCUGCCUUACCUUGCAUACACCUGUAUUUUCAUGGGCAGGCAGGUUGCAGAAUCUGUGAGUUAGAAUACCUUUUUUUCCUGCCAAGAAACAUUUUCCAGCAUGGUUUGCAAUCUAGUAAGAAACUGGUCUGUCUUAAGCCACAAGCCAAACCUUGGCCUUGAUGACCAAGCCCAGCAUCCUUUCCACAGUUAUGUUCAGGAAACCCCAGGGAACAGCAUUACAACUGGGAAGCUGCAAUCAUAUUAACACAGGUACUUUGUGCUGAAAUAAUAACAGCUCCAAUCCUUAAUAAAAAUUGUCUUUUGUUGCA